UCAAGUAUAAGGACAUCAAGACAAAAUUGAUCCACGUGAAAUAAGCAAAUUAAUGUUCCCUUAAAGUUGGAUACAUCAGAAGUUUCUUAUUACAUAAUGAAAUUGAAUAAGAAGACAAUUAUGUGUUUGUGCCUCUUAUCACUUCUCAAGACAUUCGGUAUGAAAUUGGAGGUUGAUAAGAACACAUUGCAAGAGUAUUCAAUGUUGACUAUCAAUUGCACAAUAGACAAAGCACCGUCAUAUGUAAUUCUGAUACAAAGUCAAGCAGUGAUCACGAAUGGCGGGGAAAAUAACUGUGAUGUCGAGAUAUAUGUUACCUCUAUACUAUCCCAUUGUGACUGUGUCAGUGACAUAUUAGUUUUGUGCGUUAGCAAACGAUUGAAUCGAAAGAAUCACGGAGAUGUUCUCGAGUACAGGGUUUUUGGAACAGAAAUCAAAGCUUUCAUUAGAAUCAACAUAACAGUACCUGUCGAGUAUGCAAAAAUACAGGAAGAUACUCCUGACAGAUUGAUUGUAGAUGAAGGCAACACGGCGUUUCUAGUCUGCCAAGCUUUGUAUGGUAUUCCUGCAGCCAACAUCACAUGGUUUGUGGAUAACAAAAUCCUUUCUCAGACCGAUAAUAGCUUGUCUACUUCAUAUAAUAUAAGUGAACGAAUUAAGGAAGAACCUGACCGCACAUUAACGGUUAUAAGCAGUUUGACUCUAAAAGUUAACAGAUCCCACAACAAAUUGUCGAGCUAUUGCACGGCCAGCAAUGUGAACUACGAAAACAAAACCAGUAGGAUGAUUCAACUCAAUGUAAGAUUUAAACCGACGACAGGGAUUUUGAUAAGCGGUGAUGGAAACUUUUAUAUGAUCCAAAACUCACCAACAAAACAGAGACUUGAAUGCUUUGUGAAAGGCGGUAAUCCAUACGCAAUGUUGCAUUGGUCUUGCUAUGACGGAAACCAGACAACGUUCAACGACUCUAUGGGUGUAAAUAGUACGAUUAUGUGGGAAGCAGAUUUUCACAACGAUUCAAUUUGCAACUGUUCCGCAUCGCACGUUCUUGGAUGGUCAAGAGUUAAAGAAGUGUAUGUCCAUGCACUAUAUCCACCAUAUGAACCAACAUGCGAAAUUGGAAUGGCAACUGUGAGAUCCGGAUCGGUGAAUAUUUCUCUGGCAUCCAAAUUUACAAUGACAUGUAAAAGCGAUUCUAUGCCGGAACCAGGUAUACUUAUAUGGACAUUACCGAGCGGCUAUUUCCUGAAUGGAUCGACACUACAUUUACCUUUUGUACACAUCGAUGACAGUGGGAUAUAUAACUUAUAUAUCGAAAACACCAUGUCGCCAAGCAUUGGAGCAACAGUAAACGGAAAAACAAACGCUACGUUUUAUCUCAAUGUACAUUAUCAUCCAAAGAAUAUAUUGUUUCGUUUUGAUAACGAGUCCGGCAAUGUAAUAAACACCCGUCAUAUAAACGUUAUCAAGGGCGAGAUCGUUACUCUUGUCUGCUUAGCGGACGGCCACCCACCUCCAAUGUAUACAUGGACGGACAACAACGCUGGACAGUUUUAUACUCAAGCGUUUACCAACGAUUUAGAACUCGUCUGCAAUGCAUCUAAUACACUUUUUCCGACUGGAUACGUAGCGAUUGAACAACAAAUAAUAACCAGCGCUAAACUUCAAGUGGAUGUUUUAUAUCCAACUACGCCUCCUGUUUUCCAAACUGAAACAUGUAAUAGCAAUAGUUUUGAAGAAGGAUGGUCCAUUAAAGUUCUUCGGGGUAAAAAAGUUAACAUUAACUGUUCUUCAAGCGGAAAUCCACCACCGUCUUAUUCCUGGUCAAACGGUUUACAGUCAAGUCAACUUAACAUACACAAUGUCUCAGAAGGUCAUGCCGUUGAUUAUUUCUGCACUGCAAAUAAUAUCAUGGACGCUUCCUAUGGCAGGAGUAUUUCAUCGUCAAAUACGUCAAGAUUUCACCUCGAUGUUUUAUAUCCACCAAAGAUAACAAACUUUACGUCAAACGUUGAGGUACUUGAAGGUGUUAACAUCAGUUUAAUAUGUGACGCAACACCGGGGAACCCAAAUAUCACAUCAUAUUAUUGGACAACGACAAACCAGACUAAACAAAGGAUAAAUGAUCGAUACCUCAUCAUACAUAAUAUAUCACGAACAGAAGAAGACGUUUACACUUGUUUGGCUCAAAAUAGUAUGGACCCGACUGGAUGUCUAGGCGUAAAUGGAAGCGAUACGGCAAGCAUCCAUGUGGAUGUCCAAUACGAGGCGUCAAUUAAAACAUUUAGACCUCUGAACACUACGGUCUAUCACAGCGAUAGCCUAAGCUUUGCUUGUGAUGUGGAUAGUGACCCACCUGCUAAUAUAUCAAUAGUAUCACCUACUGGAUCCACCCUGGCAUAUAUCGAAGGAAAUAGUCUGUUACAUUACAACAAGAGCAGCUCUUGCUUAACGGACAUUGGUCUGUUCACGUGUGUGUCUGCAAACAAGCACAAUCGUAUGACACCAGACAGAAGAAAUGUAACAGUGGAUGUCAAGUGUUCGCCUAUGUAUCCCAAUGACUACAACCAUAGUACAACUAUCGAUACUAGACCUGGUGAAAAGGCAAUUCUUAAUUUCAGUGUAUUUUCGAACCCUCCGCCAAUCCAGUUUACAUGGACAAACAUUUCAAACAAUAUGCGUAUUCCAAUAAUCUCAUCAGCAUCUGACAGAGUUAUUAUCGACACGACAGAUGGCAUGUCAUCUUCGCUCAUUUUAACAAGCGUACAACCCUGGGAUUCUGGCAAUUACUCUGUGAGAGUUGAGAAUGAAAUUGGCAGCAUGAUCGAAACGUUUCUCAUUCUUGUGAACAUUAACACUGAUCCUGCCAGUGAACCCUCAACGGUAGCCAAUUCUGGCAGUGGUACUGGAAAAGUCGUAGGAGGUACAGUCGGCGCUGUGUGCACUGUGAUAAUUGUCGCGAUUCUGCUUGCUAUUUUCUUGUAUCGAAAAAGACAACGUUGUAAAGAAAGUGACCGACUGAGUGAUGAAAGUACUUUGAAUGAUGACACUCGGUACGAAGACCUUGCCAUGGGCCCCACAAGAACACCUACCGAAUAUUCUGACCUUGAUUUUCGAUGUAGAACCGAACAGAGCAGGAAGCAAACAGUAUUCAAGGACAGCGAUGUAUAUGAAAAUUUGAAAUUGACAUCAACAAAUAAUAGUGCAUCGUCAUAAGCUUUUCGUCUGUGAAUGGCAUAAAGAUGUAUCAAUGUCAAGACUUGUAAAUGCAAAUUUAAAAAAAGAUCCUUUAAACAAACAUGCAACAAUGUAAUUCUUAACGUAUUAAAUCAUAAUGCCAUAUGGAAGAACGUUUGAAAAUAAAGCCAGAGUGGAAAAACAAGGUAAUAAAAAAUCAAGCUGCAUUGUUUAUGUGUGAAUUGAGCAUAUCGAAAAAUAUUGUUUGAAUAUCGACAAAAAGCGUAUCUAUUGCAGUCAGUCAGAAGUAGCAUUGUUACCAUUAUCCCACGUUAAAAGUGUUUUUUAAAUAUGGCAAAUUUUCUAUAAAUUUUCUAAAAAACUACAGAAACAAGCUCAGUAGCAAAACGUUUAAACAUAAACCUGGUUUAACGGCUUUGGGUAAACGCCAAAUACAUUGAACACAAAAAAACAAAAAAAAUACAAACAAGAAACAUGGACGAACAGCACAAAACUCCACAAACAGCACAGUACAUACAUACUAUAUAUAUAUAUAUAUAUAAAACUAGGUAUGUUUAUCAAGGAUUGUUAGAUUGUUAAUGUCUUAAUAAUAUG